UGCCCGCGGGGAGAGCGCCCCGGGGCCCCGCGUCCGGGCAGGCGGACUGACAGGCGGACUGACAGACGGACUGACAGACGGACGGAGCGCCAGAGUUCGGAUGCUGCGGAGGAGAGCGUGGGCAGAUGCUGAUAUGUAAAGCAAAAUGGCAAAAAUCAACACCCAGCACUCCUACCCUGGUAUGCACAGCCUGGCUGUCAGAACUGCCGAUGAAGAUAUCGGAAGGAUUGAAAAUGGCUAUAUCAGAAGCCAUUCACUACGUGAGGAUGCAUCCUCAGAACUGCAGGGAGUCAUUUCUGUGGAGGAAGGACAUGUACCUGAAUCCCAGGCAAGCUCCUUCACUGGCAGGGGAGCACUGGCAAGGCUGUCACGAUUUGUCUUAUCUGUAAGGUCAUGGGCCACAAGGCACUCGCACCAUGAAGACCAAAGGCCUGAUUCUUUCUUGGAACGUAUCAGAGGGCCAGAGCUUGUAGAGGUGUCCACCAGGCAAAGCAACAUCCGCUCCUUCCUGGGUGCCCGUGAGCGGCCCGGGGGAGCAAACAGUCACUGGCCCUUAGCCAGGUUCAAUGUCAACUUUAGCAACAACACCAAUGAAGACAAAAAGGAAGAAAAGAAAGAGGUUAAAGAGGAGAAAAAAGAGGAAAAGAAAGAGGAAAAGAAAGAGGAAAAGAAAGAUGACAAAAAAGAUGACAAAAAAGAUGAUAAAAAAAAAGAAGAGCAGAAAAAGGAGGUCUUUGUGAUAGAUCCUUCAAGCAAUCUGUACUACAACUGGCUGACCGUAAUUGCAGCACCCGUGUUCUAUAACUGGUGUAUGCUAGUGUGCAGAGCCUGCUUUGAUGAGCUACAGAUGGACCAUGUUAAAAUGUGGCUGUUCUUGGAUUAUCUCUCUGAUAUUAUCUAUAUUAUUGACAUGUUUGUCAGGUUCAGAACAGGCUUCCUUGAACAAGGAUUGCUGGUUCAGGAUGAGAAGAAAUUACGAGAACAUUAUACCAAAACUAUGCAGUUCAAACUGGACGUGCUGUCUCUUGUGCCAACGGACCUGGCAUAUUUCAAGCUUGGUUUGAACUACCCCGAGCUCCGAUUUAACCGCUUGCUGAGGAUCGCUCGGCUCUUUGAGUUUUUUGACCGUACUGAGACCAGGACAAAUUAUCCAAACAUGUUCCGUAUUGGCAAUCUUGUGUUAUAUAUUCUUAUCAUCAUCCACUGGAACGCAUGCAUAUACUUUGCGAUAUCGAAGGUGAUCGGGUUUGGAACUGACUCCUGGGUGUAUCCCAACGUGUCUGUUCCGGAGUACGCGCGCCUGUCCAGGAAGUACAUUUACAGUCUAUACUGGUCGACGCUCACGCUGACUACCAUCGGAGAAACACCGCCCCCGGUGAAAGAUGAGGAGUAUCUCUUUGUGGUCAUCGACUUCCUGGUGGGCGUGCUCAUCUUCGCUACCAUUGUCGGUAACGUUGGCUCCAUGAUUUCCAACAUGAAUGCUUCAAGGGCAGAGUUCCAGGCCAAAGUGGAUUCCAUUAAACAGUACAUGCAAUUCCGAAAAGUGACGAAGGAUUUGGAAGCCAGGGUUAUUAAGUGGUUUGAUUACCUCUGGACCAACAAGAAAACAGUGGAUGAGAAGGAAGUUCUCAAAAAUCUGCCUGACAAGUUGAAGGCUGAAAUUGCCAUCAAUGUCCAUUUGGACACACUGAGGAAAGUGCGUAUAUUCCAGGAUUGUGAAGCUGGACUUCUCAUUGAGCUGGUGCUGAAACUGAAACCUACGGUCUUCAGUCCUGGUGACUACAUUUGCAAAAAGGGAGACAUAGGAAGAGAAAUGUACAUUAUUAAAGAGGGAAAACUUGCUGUGGUGGCGGAUGAUGGCAUAACCCAAUUUGUAGUCCUAAGUGAUGGCAGCUACUUUGGUGAAAUCAGCAUCCUAAACAUCAAAGGUAGCAAAUCUGGCAACAGGAGGACAGCCAACAUUAGGAGUAUUGGUUAUUCUGAUUUGUUCUGCUUGUCUAAGGAUGAUUUAAUGGAAGCCCUCACAGAAUAUCCAGAAGCCAAAAAGGCUCUGGAAGAAAAAGGACGUCAAAUUCUGAUGAAAGACAAUUUAAUAGAUGAGGAGGCAGCAAAAGCAGGAGCUGACCCAAAAGACUUGGAAGAAAAAAUAGGGCGACUUGAAGUAGCUCUAGAUACACUGCAGACUAGGUUUGCAAGGCUCUUGGCAGAAUACAGCGCAUCUCAACAAAAGGUGAAACAGAGACUUGCCAGGGUAGAAACCCGAGUGAAAAAAUAUGGUAGUGGCAGCUUAUCAGUUGCAGAAGCAGAGGCUGAGAAACCUGAGGAGGAGAAGAAGCAGUAAUGGAGUAUUUUUAUUUCCAUAUUUAUUGGAGAAAGUUGAAGCACUGAAAGCCAUAAAUGUAUGUAAAUAUGUGUGUGCAUACAUAGAUAUAAUUAUUUUUAUAUGAAUUCAAGAGAAUGGUUUUUAGUAUUUUUAACUGAAGCAGUAUUUUCUUGUAAAUAGAACACUGUCACCUUCUUCUUGGGGGGAGAUUUGGUCCAGCACUUGGUACUUUUUUGUACUGAGAGUGGGCUUCUUACAAGUCAUGCUAAGAAUGUCUGUUGUGUUUGGUACCUGUAGGUCUUGACACAUUGUCUCUACCCACACAUCGUGUGUUAAGAAGGCAUUGUAUUUGAAGUAGAAGAGAUUAAUUUUUUUUCUUUUUAAGAGCUUAAAAAAUGUUUAUAGGGUACCCUGUUCUAACUGGCUACAUUAGUAGCGGAUUAAAUGCAUGGAUGGAUAUCUGGGUUUCUCAAAAUCUUUGUUCUUUCACAGUCUGUACAAACAGUUGGAUGACAGCUAAGCAGUGUCAGGUACCUGGCCAUUGCAGUGCACCCUGCAUGUGUCUGAAAUAGCCAUGCAUUCAGGAGCUUUAGUCUGAUUCUCUCUAAUGAGCUGAGCUCUGCACAAAGGACCACGUUGACAGGGUAGCAGUGCUCAUUCAUGUCCCUUCUGGCAGGGUCUGUCACAGCCUUUGCUGCUCUGCAACUGCUUCACCAGGGGAGAGAGCAGGGGAAUCCUCCCUUUUGUGUUUUUUUAGCCCAGUUCCAUCCACACUGAUAAAAACUUCAUUUGGAAAGGAGUACCCUAAAGCUCAGUGGUGGAAGGGUAAUACGGCUUCAUCAAACCUGGGAAGAGAAAAGAGUCCUCUGGUAUGUGCAGCUCCCGUAUGUAGGGUACUGAGUGAACUCCCUGGCAAAGUGGGCAGUCCCAAGGGAGGCUACUGAGGAAUCCCAUGGGCUGGCAGGGCAGGCUGUCCCUGCCUGCAAGGCAGCUUGCUCCCACAACAGGGUUUCUGCAAGGCAGGAAGAACAAGCCCUGUGUUGCAAAGUCAUUCCAGUCACUAAGGCCUAUGUUUUCUUCCUUUUUAUUUCUAAGGAUGUCUACUCCAUCUCCCUUUGCUAUUUACUGCCAUCUUUUCUCCAAAGUAGUUGUCAAAUGACCUUGUUUCCAUUAGGGAGAAUGCAGAAGAUACUAGCUUUCACUUAUUGCUGUACAGUAUUUUGCUGUUAUGCAACUUUCCCUAUGUUACUUUCAUCCUCCCGUAUCUCAGUGGCUUUUGAAAAGUAUGGAGUAGCAGAGGCUGUUCAGCAUGUAUGGCAUGGGAUCCUCCAGUGGCAUUAGGUAUUACUGUGGUGGGCAGUGCUCUGACUUUAGUUGUCCUCAGCCCUGACUUACAACAGCAUCUGGAAUCAAUGGCCUGGAAAUGGUUGGGGAAAAAAAAAAAAUCACCCACUGAGAAGAGGGUGAUUUAACUGGGUGGUACUGGAAUGAAAAGAGACAGUUUUGCUAAACUGAAUACAACUGCUCAGAGUAAGCCCUUGUCUCCAGGCAAGCAGCUGUUCCCUUCUAUUGACACUUCUGAGCCUUGUGACGGAGACAGAUCUGAGUAAGGAAUAGGGCUUUGCCAGCAAUACUGGCAAAGGGACAUCUGGGUAGUAAUGGCCACAUAUAGCCCUCAUCUAAACUCCUUUUAUCAUUAGCCUAGACACCAACUACACUUACGGAUCUUCCCUAGACUGGGUUUAACCUUUUUUUUUUUUUUUUUUUUUUUUCAAAAUAUCCACUGAUUGUAACAAGUGUAACAAGUGGUUUGGAAAGUAGUCAAGAUCUGUUUGUGACCAGUGGCAUCCAGGAAGUAUCAGUCCAUCAGCUGAAUCUUGUCCUUAUUUUCUUAAAGGGCUUGAGAGAAAGGGGGGAGCUCUGAGAAGCUGGUUUUGGCAGGGGUAUAGUGCACUUGGUCCCACCCAGAGGCAGGCAGGGCUGAGGUGGAGCUGGGCUCACUGCAGGGUACCCCUGUGAGCACAGAUGGUGCUGUUACAGACUGCUCAACUUGCAACUUUCACCUGGUGACAGGUACAAUAGUACCUGUGUACGAUUACACAGUCGCCUUGGCUGACAUUCACUGCUGUGUGACUCAAACCCACUGUAUCUUGUAGGGGUUUUGUGCAUAUUGACAUGUUCUCCAUCAAUCAUCAUUCUCUGUAAAUACCUAUCUACCCACCCAACAUAGCACAGCUGUUGCAGCCACUAGGUAUAUAUGAGAAAAACUGUUUAAAGUACUCUUUAUACCAAAUUUAUACCUCUUUAAAAACCCUAAGAAACACAGGACUGCUUUUUUACCUGAUGGAUCAGAACAGCCUAAUCUAUCAGUUAAAUACAUGUUUUCUCUACCCUCUCUGUGCCUCUUGAUCUGGUUUUCAUAUGCCAGAAAAAGAGCAUUUUGAUGCUAUUGGCUUCAGUCACAUUGAAACAUACAGCUUCUGGCAUGAUGAAAUCACAUCCUUUAAAGUCUUUCAUCUCUGUAAGAUUUUUUUCCUCUUUAAUGUGGCUACAGCAUGUACAUUAAAAUAUUUUGAGUAAUGUUCAA